GAAGCGGAAGGGCGGGGCGAGGCGCUCGCGCAGUGUGGCGCGGCCGUUGCCGGGGGGAGCGCGCAGCCAUGCAGCCGCGGCGGCUCCGCUGGGAGACCCUGGCGGCCCUGCGCACCUCCAGCAAGGGCCAGCUGAGCUACUGCCGCCACUGGCUGCACGACGAGGAUAUUUUGGAAGGAUGCAUGGCUCCGCUGAUGCUGUCUGCUUACUCCGGCUGGGUCCUGGACAGAGUGGUGGGGCAGUCAGCCCAAGAAGCGGCACCCUCCAGAAGUUCAACACCCAAAGAGUCCACUCCCCGCUCAGGCCGGUCUUCUCUUGAGAAGGCCGUUUCUCCUGCCAGCCAGCAGGGCUUUUCACCGCUUCCCUCUGCGAUGCCAAGUGGAGUAAAGGGAAAUGAAGAUCUCAGUCUGUUCGAAACGGACCAAGAAGUCUUUCCAAACAUUCUGCCGUCUAAAGUUACAGAAGUUGAAGGCUACAUUCGGAUGUAUGAAGAGAUGCACAGGUUGAAAGGAAAGGAGGGGCUAAGGCAGCGUCAGGAGCAGCAAGAGCAGAUGGUGAGGGCAGUGUACGACCUGGCAAGUGAACAACUGAAGCGCUUUGAUGAACUGAAGGAGCUAAAGCAGCAUCAGGAAUUCCAAGAUCUGCGGGAGGUAAUGGAGAAGAGCUCCAAGGAAGCUCAGGGACAGCAAGAGAAGUUGAAAGAAGAACAUCGACACAGAGCAAAGGUAUUAAACCUAAAACUACGCGAGGCAGAGCAGCAGAGGCAGCGUCAGGAGGAGCUGGAGCGUUUGCGUAAGGAAGAAGGCCAGGAGAGAUUGCGUCGGCUUUAUUCUAUCCAGGAGGAGGUGCUGCAGCUUAACCAGCAGAUUGAUCCCAAUUAUAGACACAAGGACCUGCCAAGAAUCGAUCUUUCUGUGUACAGUAAUCGUGGCAACCAGAUCUGUGGGCUGGUGUCAGGACUCAUCCGCACCACUAGUGAGAGAGGCUUCCCUACUCAAGCAGAUGUGGCCAAUACUGAACGAGCACUGCAGGAAAUGCGAGGGUUGAUAUCCAGCAUGCAGCAAGAAAUUGCUGCUGCUGUGGAAGAAAAAAAGAGGAAAGAUGAAGAGGAGGAAAGAGAGAAGCAGAAAGAGUUACUGAAAAAAGAGCAGAUGACAGCUCAGACUCCUGCCCCUGCACAGCAUUCAGGGGGAAAGCAGCAGAGGGAAGGACUUCAAGUUAAAGCAGAAGAAAGUACCAUGCAGUGGUACCAGCAGCUUCAAGAUGCUGCUGACCAGUGCAUUGCUUCCUUCAGUGCAAUCAGCAACUGCAAAGACAAUAAUGAGGUGAAGAAGAUUAAAAUGGACUUGCAGAAAGCAGCUACGAUCCCUGUGAGCCAGAUCUCUAGCAUAGCAGGCUCUCAACUAAGAGAAAUAUUUGACAAGAUCAAUAACCUGCUCUCUGGAAAGUCUGUUCAGAGUGGAGGGCGAACUGUAUCAGUGACUCAGCAUCCACAGGGUCUGGAUUUUGUUUAUUACAAACUUGCGGAGAAAUUUGUGAAUCAAGGAGAGGAAGAAGUAGCUUCUCACCACGAGGCAGCUUUCCCAAUUGCUGUGGUGGCUUCAGGAAUCUGGGAAAUACACCCUCGAGUCGGAGACCUCAUUUUAGCUCAUCUGCACAAAAAGUGCCCUUACUCUGUGCCAUUUUACCCUGCAUUCAAAGAUGGGACUCCUUUGGAAGAGUAUCAGAGGAUGCUUGGAUAUCAAGUUAAGGAUUCUAAGAUAGAACAGCAAGAUAAUUUCCUUAAACGGAUGUCAGGAAUGAUUCGUCUUUAUGCCGCUAUCAUUCAACUCCGGUGGCCUUAUGGAAACAGACAAGGGACCCAUCCUCACGGGCUGAACCAUGGAUGGCGCUGGCUUGCUCAGAUGUUGAAUAUGGAGCCUCUGGCAGAUGUGACAGCUACACUUCUUUUUGAUUUUCUGGAGGUGUGUGGCAACGCCCUCAUGAAACAGUAUCAGGUCCAGUUCUGGAAAAUGAUGUUGCUUAUCCGAGAAGACUAUUUCCCAAGGAUUGAAGCAAUUACCAGCUCUGGACAAAUGGGCUCUUUAAUGCGUUUCAAGCAGUUCUUGGAGAAAUGUCUACAGCAGAAGGAAAUUCCGUUACCAAAGGGCUCUCUGCAUCCUUCCUUUUGGAGGUCGUAAAUCAGUUCAUGUUUCUUCCUCCCAGGAUGUCGGCACUUUCAGACCUGGCUUCCUGUUUACAUGUAGGGGCAAAAUAAAAUUAUGUGUAUUUAGAGGGAAGGUGAGAGUAUAUUCAAUGUGUUAAUGUUUAUUUCGUCAAGUUUUAAGAUUGGGCAGAACACCAGUAACUCUUUUAAUUUGUUGAAAAUAAUUGGAAGUUAUCCUUUGCUUUGGAUUUUUAUAAGUUUUUGUACAGUAAAUUAUGGAAAAUAGAAGAUUCUUCCUUCAUAUGUUUAAACAUGUGGAAGAUAUUUUAAAUAUAGUAUUAUAUUACCUUCUCUGUAGAGCUUCAGAGUUUAAAGACUCUCUUGGAUUGAAAUUUUGCUCAGUGCUAUUCUGUUCAUGGAAGUGGAAAUACCUCAAGGCCUUAUGAAGUCUUAAGAUAGUAAUCAGUUCAGAAACUUACUGGUAAAACUUUAUUUUUGUAUUUAAUAUGUUUAGUUUUUAUAAUUCAGUUUUAAUUAUGUUGACAUCCUGUGCAGAAGUAUAUGUUGCAACAACAUCUUAAAGCUGCAGAGAUUGGUAAAGGUAUUUGGCCUAGCAGUGUUGACUUUCACCUCUGUUGAAUGUAACUUUGCUCCAAGAGGCAAUAUACUUAAUUUAAGAGAGCUAGGUGCCCUAUUUUAAAAAGUUUUGCAUGUAUAAUAAUUUUAUGGGGGAAGAGCAGAGUUCCUGAAAUUACAGAAAUUCUGUGUGUGUUAUCCAUCGCAUAGAUGGAAGCUUAUAAUCCAUUUUAUUAAAAAAAAAGUGGGGAAACUGCGUUCAUUCUGUCAUUUUCUACAUUGCUGAUGUUCUGCCGUUGUUUGAAGUGGAAAUUGUAUGUCUGGGUUGCCUGAGGUGAAGUACUUAAUAGUUUUAUAAGGGCUUUCUUGUGUAAAUGGAUUUCUUCCUUACCAAUGUUAUGGCAUUUUAUGUAUCAAGUACUGUAAUACGUUUGUACCAAUGGUGAAUUAUUCUGAGAAUAGUUCAUUCUAGAAAUAUGUUUAAAUUAAUUUAAAGUUUGAUUUUUAACCUGAAGCUGAUGCAGUUUGUUUUUCUGUAGCUAUUAAAGAUGGAGGUCAAGAAAAUCUGUGGCUCCCUGGUGAAUACAGAAAAUGGGUAUUAGAGGGAACAGAGUGGAGGGAGAUUUGUGUUUAAUUUGUGGAUGCACUGCUCUUGAACUAUUUUGAUGGCCUCCAAGAUGUGAAAAUUUACUUCCAAGUUAUAGAAGUCAAUGCCUGUUUUUUGCAAAACACUCUUGCGAGUCAGAAUUAUCUUUGCUGUUUUUUUUUUAACCAGAUCAAUUUUGUUAGUACUAGAGACUUUACAAUUUGAAGUUGUAGAAAUUGUGGGCCAGGUGAGAAUCUGAUUUCACUUUUUAUAUAGACUUUGGAGUCUCUGAGAAAAGCUUAUGACACAUGUACUUAAGAAUUCAUACCUUUAAAACCUUAAACUGUAGGAAGUUGCUCAGAUUUAAAAUUGUAUGGUAAAUACAUUAAAUUCAUAGUAAUUUAUGUAUUUUGUAAACUGACUCUGGAAUUCAUUAGACGAGCAUUAUUGCUGAUUGUUCUAGGAUGCUGGAAAACUCCUUCCGUGAUUCUUUUGCCAGAUAAUUGUGUUCAAUAGUACAACUUCUGUUAAUAGCUUUGAAAAUCUGCAGCUUUUUUUAUACUGAGCUGAGAUGUCUUAAUUACAUCUUGCAUAUCCACAAUUUUGUUGGAGACUUACUGAACCAAGAUAGUAAUUGGUGCUGUCUGCUAUAAACAAUUAUCUGCCUGUUCCAAAACGCAAGGAAUGUGAUCUGAUCAUAUACAAGAGCUUUCUUUUUUCAGGCUUAUAGCUAUGUGAGGCUUUUUACAUUUUGGGGGGAAUGUAAGUAUAUAUUUUUGUAACUUAAGCGUAGUAUCCUUCUCUGCCUCUGUAAGGGAUGCCGAUACAUUGUUUCAACUUUAAUCAGAAUUUUCAAUUGAAUAAUGAAUGCAGUUGCAAAAAGAUCGUAAUAAAAAUAUUUUUAGAUGUA